AUGGCUUCUCCGAUCUUUGUAUCAAGACCACACGCAGGCUUUUCUGCACAGUCUUUCAUUAGGGGAAUUGAGUUAGCGUUUCUUGCAAUUUUGCGUUCCUUUACUGGUUCAGCACUGUUUACCAUGGGCGGACUGCGGGAAUUCGCAAAGGUUGGUCUUGUGUCUUUGUUGUUGAAUGUAUCCAUUGACAUAGUGGCGAAAAUAUUUUCGGCUGUGGGUUUCCAGCAGUUGCUAUCUAUGCCUUUCCUAAGAGUUUUAGAAGUAUGGUUGGCUUGCGCAUGCGUGACCAGUCGUGCUCUGCCCGAAUUUGAGCGUAUUUUCUGGACUUCUUUGCGAGAAGCUUGCGCAGAAUUCGACUACACCCCGUUCCACCACCAUCCUAAUUACGACACUAGCAACAGUGCGGUACGAAUUUUUACCAACUACAAACGGCGCUACGUAUGCAUGUGCAUUGCCAUGCUAGGUUUGGCAGCUGCAGCUGCAUCAUCCCCACCGCUACCCUACACGUAUCAUGCGAUAUAUGCUAUCUUCUUUUUCAGUUGGUUCAAUCUCUCACGACCAGCCCUUGGAACUUGGGGCUCACUAUCGCUUGCCAUGCUACUGUCUACAUUACUAUAUCCUUCGACACAAGCUCAAUUAAUGUCGCAUGUAUGGAGUUGCCAUCUUUUAAUGCAGCUGUUGUUGCUGCCAUAUUUCUCUCGCGCCAGUUUUUCACGCAUGGAGCAAGUCAUGUGGCAGAGAGCUCGUGGAGGAGUGCUCUGUGGAUACGGCAUCACCAUUUACGCACUUAUCAUGAAAUUUAGGCUGUUAGGAUUGUUACUAAUCUACGUAGCAGAGGCAAGUACUGCAAUUCUCCUAGCGAAAGUUACCGAACCCUUACCGCCAGGAGUUGUGAUAGGAACGAAGGCUUUCUCCGGCUGGGUAGCGCGCCAGGUUGUAUGGGCCCAACGCGAAGAGGUGUUGCGGGGCGCCUUCGACCCAUUCAACAUACACAAACGGCAAAACGCAGAAAUGACCACAUGA